CUGUAUCACGGAGCCCUGUGCUAGCGCGGCCCUGGGACCUAAUAGUACUCGAGCAGGGCUGAAACUUUGCAACACCAAAAUGAUUGUUAAAAAUGUCACAAAAUUCCCUUUCAAAAUGACAAAAUAGACCGCUUUGGGCAGAUAGGGAGUCGUAUAACUCUCGACUAUGUCUGCCAGUAAGAAAUCUGACCGGGAAGAAAAACUGCUUCAGGCGGCAAGACGGGGAGAGCUACAAACAGUCAACGGUUUGUUAAAAGAUAAAUCUGGAUCACCAUCUGGUAUUGAUGUCAACUGCAGAGGCAAGUCAAAGGCUAACAAUGGCUGGACCCCAGUCCUGCUUGCUUCAUAUUUUGGCCAUAAAGAUGUUGUAGAAAUAUUAAUUAAGGCCGGAGCUGAUAUUAAUGCUCAGAAUGGAAUGGGUUACACUGCCCUCCACCUGGCUUCCUUCACUGGGCGAACGGCUGUUGUACUACUGUUGCUUGAGAAUAAUGCUGAUGUGACGAUCAUCAAUGGAGAAGGGAAGACCCCCAGCCAAGUGGCCAACAAGGAUGAAAUCAAGCAGCUUAUUCUUGCGGCAGAGAAAAGUCAUCAAUUGGCACUACAGGAGCAGUUGCUGACUGCUGCGCGGGACGGCAACACAAAUGAGAUCAAGAGACUUGUAAGCCUCCCUGACCCUCCAGACAUCAACUGCAGGGACUCCAUGGGGAACACCCCACUACACUGUGCGGCCUACAGGGGGCACAAGGAAGUCGCUGUUACUCUGCUGCAGAAUGCUUCAGAUACUUCCCUUAAAAAUAACUCAGGUCAGACGGCACUUCAGCUCACUCGUGACUCCAGGAUGAAAAAGCUGUUAGACGUCCAACCAUUACAGGUCACGAAGAAAAACAAUUGCAUAAGACAAUUUUCCUCUAGAAAAAAGAAGACCAUCAAUAAGAUUGUACCAAGACACGAGGGAAUACUUUUAAAGAGAUCUCGUUUCUUUGGCGUCAAAAAGUACUGGGUUGUGUUGGAACGAGGAGUGCUCUCCUACUUUCACAAACGUGCGGACGCAGCAUCAGGACACAAGAGACAGGGCUUCAAGUACCUGGACCACGCGAAAUUCUCGGUACCUAAAGAAGAGAAGCACAAAAUAAAGAUCCAGUACUCAGAUAACACCGUGCACAUCUGGAGCGUAUCUCCCAACGACCCCGCACCGCAAGUACAAAGACAGCGCUGGCUGAACUCGCUACACGAGCACUGUGCCUACAGUACACACUACACGACCCAGCCCACCCUACUGGUGGACGAGUACGACCAGAACUUCUUGCCUCUCGGCGAUAUCCAAACAUCCAUCAAGGAGGCACAAGCGCAUCAGCAAUCUUUGGAGCAACAAGUCUCUGCCGCCAGUAAACUGAUCUCGAACUUCGACAGCACUUCGAGCAAGGGCGGCCAUCUUAGUCUGCUGAACAUCAAGACCGCACUGGACGAGAUCGUGUUGUCGUCCAAAGAGAUGUGUGCUGUACUCGGUCACUGCAUCAACGUAUUGGCCCAGCAAGAAGAGGUACGGAGUCAUCACAUGGAGGAGGAAGUCGAGAAGCGUCGUGUACUCGAAGACGCGCUGCAUGUCCUCGCAACAGAACACCACGCCCUGGAGUGUUCUAUUGGGAUUAACGAGAUGCUCCACACCAGUAAAUUGUCAUUAGUCAGUGACUCAGACGAGUUCUUCGAUGCAGUGUCAGACAUCGCCUGCUCGCUCCCUGACGAGAUGCCUUCCGAUAGCGAUGAAGAAAGCGAAGUCUAUGUGCCAGCUGACAUAACAGACCCGGCGAGCGACCAAGAGUCCACGACCACGCUUAGAAAAUGCGACUCUGGGCAAAACCUUAACCGUAGUCUCCCCCCCGGUCUUACGAGAAGUAGCUCUGACACGACGUUACCGCGUAGGGAGCCUUCAAAUCUCGUGGUCGAGGGGCUGCAAAAAUCUAAGUCUGAGUCGAAGGAUAUGGAAAGGGAAUAUGAGGAGAGGGGGCGCAAAAUGUCCGAGAAACAGGAAAAUGUAGAGGAAAACGGUGCAGAGGCAUCUGUGCCUAGACACAGGACACGCCUGCCCACCCACAUGCUGUCCAGAAACGAGUUUAGCGUCUGGACGGUGUUAAAACAGUGCAUAGGGAAGGAUUUAUCAAGGAUCACUAUGCCAGUGAUAUUCAACGAACCCUUGACGUUUCUACAGCGUAUAACUGAGUACAUGGAGUACUCGGAACUUCUGCACACUGCCGCCUCACAAGAUGACCCGACUCGACGAUUACAGUAUGUAGCUGCGUUUGCUAUAUCAGCCACCUCAUCUAACCUUGACAGAGUCGGCAAACCCUUCAACCCGUUACUCGGCGAGACAUACGAGCUUGUAAGGCCUGGGUUCCGACUAGUGGCAGAACAGGUCAGCCAUCAUCCACCAAUCACAGCGCUCCAGUGCGAAAGCGAUGACUUUAUAUUCCACGUAACUGUGCAGCCAAAGCUGAAGUUCUGGGGAAAAGGAGUCGAGGUGCAGCCCAAGGGGAUGGUCACCCUUAAAUUCCCUAAGCACAAUGAAGUUUAUACUUGGAACAACGUGAACUCCUGCGUGCAUAACAUCAUCGUGGGCCAGCUAUGGAUAGAGCAGUACGGGCAGAUAGAGAUCAGUAGCUUGAGUAGCGGCGACCGUGCGACCAUCCACUUCAAGCCCGCUGGCUGGUUCGGCAAAGAGCUAAAUAAAGUGGAGGCCACCAUUCAUUGCGCACAAGAUAAAAAGAAGAGGUACACGCUGAAAGGGGACUGGACCGACAAGAUCACGUGCUACCGAUCGGAGACUCACGUGACCAGGAAGCAGAGCAAGCGCGGCAAACAGGACUUCGAAAUCGCUAGUACAAGUAGUAGCGAGACUAGUCUAGAGCUACACUCGCCGGUCACCCUGUGGACGUGUUCACACAGGCCUCCCCAUAGCAAAGAAAUGUACAAUUUUACAAGUUUUGCGAUGCAACUUAAUGAACUUCUUCCUCGAGACAAGGAAACGUUACCGCCGACUGACUCCCGCCUCAGACCAGAUUGUAGAGCUCUAGAAAACGGUGACUUAGAUCGUGCGACGGCGGAGAAAAUCCGUUUAGAGGAGAAACAGCGCGCGGCGAGACGUGAGCGACAGAAGAGUGACCAAGAGUGGGCACCAAGGUGGUUUAAGGAGGAAAUGAACCCAUACACUGGGCAAAUGGACUGGCUCUAUUCCGGGGGGUACUGGGACCGAGACUGGCAGGAAUGUCCAGACAUCUUCUAGAAAUUUAUAAUUAUUUAAAGUUCGACGGGGAUUCGUCGUCAAUUAAAUUCUAGCAAUCAACAUUGCAAAUGACAAUUGGAAUGAUCGAGGUCUUAGCCAAUUACCGCAAAGACCCAACUGACCAAUAGCAGUAGACGUUACGCAACUCGACCAAUUACUGCGAAGUAAGCCUCGAAAAUCGGCCAAUCACUGCGAAGUAAGCGUCUGAGAUCGGCCUAUCACUGCAAAGUGGACUUCGGAAAUCGGCCAAUCACUGUGAAGUAAGCCUCGGAGAUCGGCCAAUCACUGCGAAGUAAGCGUCUGAGAUCGGCCAAUCACUGCGAAGUGGACUUCGGAAAUCGGCCAAUCACUGUUAAGUUAGCCUCGGAGAUCGGCUAAUCACUGCUGAGUGAGCUUCGGAGAUCGACCAGUCACUGCGAAGAGAGCCCAACAGCAAUCAGGAGACACACAGGAACAGAACUGGACCAACCAUAAACAAUAUUGGUCUUCACUUAUUAAUUAUAACCGGUUGACCAUAACUGUCAAAGAAGAGCCAUAAAGCCAUACGCGCGUUAAGCGACAUUAAUGAUCAAUUAUUGCCAACUCAACACCAUGAAGUCAUGAGCCAAACGGUGAAGAAUUAGCCUAUUUUCAAUCGCCUGACUCUUAUGUGCCGUACCAAAUGCUAAUUAGAUUGUUUCAGCUUUUUUGCAUACAUUUGCAAUUGGAACGGCGCAUGAAAAUGAUGGAGCCUUAUUGCUUUCCUGAGUUUGUGUCCUCCAUAUUCCAUCGUCGCAUUAUCUAUGUGUGUAAAGGGGCACACAGGGCUAGGGUCAAAUAAAUGAAUUAUUGUGAU